AUGUCCAGCCACCCUGUGGCUAUCCCGCACUGGAUCCAGACUGUGUCUGGGUGGUCAGCGUUACUAUCGUCGAUCAUCAUCUUCUUCAGCAUUCUCUUGCACCUACGCAACUACCGGAAACCCUUCCAGCAGAGGCUUAUGAUUAGAAUCCAAUUGAUCGUGCCCUUGUUUGCAAUCUCGUGCUACUUGAUGCUACGAGACCCGACGGCUGUGUUUAACAAGUUUGUUGUGGAGCCUGUGCGUGAAAUAUACGAGGCGUUUGUCAUUUACACCUUCUUCUCCUUGCUUACGGAUAUGCUUGGAGGCGCUAAGAGCAUUGUCAUUAUGACCAGCGGACGCCCGCCCGUGGACCAUCCGGGGUUCAUGAAGUGGAUAUUCCCUCCCUUGGACAUCUCGGACCCCAGGACUUUUUUGGCGAUCAAGAGAGGUAUUCUCCAGUACGUGUGGUUGAAACCACUUAUAUGCUUUGGAGUGUUGUUUCUGGAGCUUCUAGGCUGGUACAACGUCAAUGACAUGGGGGUUACGUCGCUUUACUUGUGGUUCACCAUUGUGUACAAUUUCUCCGUAUCGCUUUCGUUGUACUGCCUAGCAAUAUUCUGGAAGAUUCUCUGGAACGACCUCAAGCCAUUCAAUCCGAUGGGCAAGUUCUUAUGUGUCAAGCUCAUCAUCUUUGCCUCGUACUGGCAAGGUGUGAUCUUGGCGAUUCUUAACUUCGUAGGUGUUUUGCCGGGCGACAGUUCGCAGGACGAAAACGGCGCCCCCAACAUCGGUGUUUCCAUACAAAAUGCUUUGUUGUGUGUCGAGCUUAUAGCGUUUGCCAUUGGCCAUUGGUUCUCGUUCUCCUACAAACCGUUCACCAUUUCCCACAUGCCCUCAGGCAGAGUGAAGUUCUACUAUGCCCUUAGAGAUAUGUUUGGCAUAAAAGAUUUGGUUAUCGAUUUUGCCUUGACGUUUUAUGGCGACUACUAUAAAGAUUAUAAGCAGUUUGACUCUGUGGAAGCCCUUAUAGCACAUCCUUCGCUGAAGAGUCGAAUGGGCCGGAUCAAUCAGGGUCUUCGAUACCAGCCCGAUGGGAAACAAAAGCAUUGGCUCCCGCUGCAAAACUUGCAAGCAUCGCCCCAAGCGCCAGCCCUGGCAAGCAUAAGAAGCACAUCGGAGAUCAAUGCUAUCUCCAACCAUAUUUAUCAUCAGCAACUGGGUCGCUCCCAGUCUAUUUAUGCACCAUCGCUAGUUUCUACUGGGACAUCGACCAGAGCUAUAUAUUCAAACUCUCCCAAGGGAAGCCCGCCUGCCUCGCCGCUUCUAUCCGAUCUGCAUUCUAUCAAGACAACCCCUUCAAACUUGGAUGAAGAACCUGAAAGAAUAUCCGAAGUUCUUAAGAAGAUCAACCCUGAAGUGAAUUAUGAUGAUGAGCUCCUUGAUGAAGACGAGCAAUUUUUUCAGGCGGCAUGCUCUGUGGUUAAUAACUAUAACCUUGAUCAAUCUGAAGUCAAGCAACUAAUCAAUUACCCCAUUGUGGAUGAGCUAAUCCUGGGCCACGAGUAUGGCUACAAGGUGAAGAAACUACGUGCGGACAGGCUCCGCCAUCAACAGAAUCUUCAUGGCUACGGCAGUGUUUGA